AUGUCCUGCAUGUAGGGGCAUGAAAUGCUAAUAAAAGUGCUGGGAGUCUCGAAUGAAAUUCCAUUUUGCUCAGUGUCUCGACUUUGUUGUAUUUCUUGCUUGUUUUAUCAUCUUAGCAGACUGCUCUCGGUGGGGAUGAUGACGUGGUGGUGGUGUUUAGCAAUGGGUGUGGCCACUCUGCUCUCGUCUUGUGAGACGGCCGUUCUCCGUCACGGGGUGCAACAAGUGUUCCACCCGAGUCCGAGAAAUUCAAGGCAAAUAGACCUCUCUUACCCGGACCUGUCGUACCAUCCGCUUCCAACAUCGGAAUAUUUCGGUCCGAAUUAUGUCCCCACAACUUCCGACGACAACUACGGAGACAACAUUCCUCAUCCGAAAUUUUUAUACGUGGCCAAUCUCGCCAACGCGGCUGCUGUUUAUAAAACCAUUGCUGAUUGUUUACACAUCAAGCUUCAGGCUGCAUAUUCCUCCUCUUCUGACCCAAUAAGUCCAGUAUACGAUGGCAAUACCAAGGAUUAUGCUUCCUCCGCCCAGAAAUCGAAUUUUAUUGGAGGUAGAAGUGGUGCUGGAAAUUCAGACGCCUUUGGUCCGCGGUCUGUGGAGCUUGAUCUUAAUGCUCCCUCUCAAAAUCGCAGACUUGAAGAACUUAGAGAUGGGAUUAUAGAUUUAAUACGUCGUCUUCAACCGCGUAAUGGUCACCCAGGAAUCAAGCCGCUGAGUGGGCGACAUGCUUUGGAUGGAUUUGUUGAUGGAGGAAUAGGAGCAACUUUCGACAGACGUGAUGAGAUAGUGCUUCCGAGUGCCGUCGUAACUUUCGACAAUUUUCCAGCAUAAUUCAAGUCCACCCGAGGGCGGCGUCUUUUUCUCCUAUACGGACCUUAAAUUAACCUUUCACCUUAAACUUGUAUGCACCAGGAUAUGCACUCUUGUCAUCUUAGAAUAUGAAUUGCAAUUAUUUUACAUUAUUUUUCAUUUUGUUACUAUUUGCAAAAUAAUUGCAAAAUCAAAUAAUGCUUCGCUAAGUCCUAAGUAUAAAUAGUUAGUUGGUAAUGUCCAAAUUCUUGUGAGACGACCUAUGUAUUCAUUGUUCAAUAUUUGAUUAUACAAAUUUCGCUGAAACCACACUUUCCAAUACUUUGAUAUGUAGUUUUUAUAAGUUUUUUAUGCAGUUUCCGUCUAACAAAAUUUAUUUCAUGCUUGAUUUAAAGAGAGAAAAGUUACACUUCUUUCAUGAAUAAAGUGAAUGAGAAUUAAAGCGCA